UCAUUACAAACAGACAGGGACGCUCGUAGGAAGGGCAGACUUUGUCCUUCAGCUGAUGGGACGAGGCUUCACAAACAAACAGCCGGUCAGUAACCUGACUCUCAGAGGACCUCCUGAGUAACCAGAACUGAUCUGAGGUUGGAUUUGUCCCUCAAAAUUUCCCCCGAUGGAUCUGAUUCUGCUCCUCACGCUGAGCCUCUGCUGCCACGCAGCAGCCGGCAGGUACGUGUGGUCAGACAAACCAAAAAUUAUACUGGAUAGCCAUGAGAUCGAAGACGGAGAGUCACUGAAUGUGAGCUGCACGCUCCCGGUCGACUACCUCGGAGGGAGCUGCCGCCUCUUCAGAGGCCAAAACAAGGUGGCCUUCAGGUCCAUGACAGCCACUAGCUAUGUGUGUGACUUCUGCCUGUCGUCAGGGGAGCUGCUGGGGACACACGAGGUGGGCAGCACCGUCUCCAUCUACUGCGAUUACACGCUCCAGGAGUUUGUCUCAAAGUCCAGCGACAGGUCCAGCGUGACCGUCUGGGGUACUGGGCCCAGUCCCACCCUCUCAAUCAGCCGGUGCAUCAUAUCACGCCGCGAGAGCAUCGAGGUCACCUGCACACCUCCCGUGGACUUUGUAGACAAGUGUCACUUCUAUAAAAACGGGUAUUCCUUUAAGUGGGGCCCCUGCAGGAGAAACCUCACCGGGGAGGAGAUCGCCAUCUGGGAGAGGCCUUCCCCGCUGCUCUCUUUCAACUUGACGUGCACGUACGACCCCGACAUGCACCGCUCUAUCCGCUCCAGGCACAGCAACCAGCGGCAGCUUUCGGUAGCUGGUAAGAUCAGAGUAAAGCUGCCCCCUCUGCUGACUGUGAGGUGUCAGGGAAUCAUCACUAGAUUGGAGCGUUUGGAAAUGACUGCUGGACUGAUUGUUGGCGCCAAUGGAGGAAACAUCACCAUCAUGAUGACCAACAGCAGCCUGGGGCUCACAGCUGCAACCAGAAACAGCAUGAAAUGAGUCUGGGGAUAGUAUUUUUAACACAAAUACCCUAAAUAAUGCUCUCUGUAUUGAUGACACAUCUCUGUUUAUAACAAUAAAAAAAAAAAAUAUUUUCUGCUAUCUCAGAUGUUGGAGACAAUUGUCUUACACUUCCUAU